AUGUACGUCCUCGAGCGCGGGAAGCUGGUUGAAAAAAAAGUCACGGAAAUACUCCCCGACGCGCGACGCGCGCGCGAGCUCGGAGACGCGGCGCGACGGCGAUGGACGUGCGACGCGAGCGGCGGUCGGUUUUGGACGGCGUUGGCGCGUUGGACCCAGACCACGACGACGGUGGAGAUCACGGUCGCGCUUCCGAAGGGCACGCGGGCGAGAGACCUGCGGAUAACGCUCACGACGACGUCGCUGACGUUUUGGGCGACGUGGAGCGGAACGGUCGACGCGUGCUCGGGGGCGCUCGCGCGGCGGUGCAAAGUGGAUGAAUCGACGUGGUCGUGCGACGGCGACGAGUUGAUGAUAAUUUUGGUCAAGGACGACGGCGGCAGAGACGGCGUGCCGUGGCAGAGCGUUUUACGGGGUAGUAAGGGUGCCAAAUCCAUCCAGGACGUCUUGCGGGACAUGACGCACGCCGACGAGCCGUACGCCGCGUCCGACGAUCUCGAUCUCGAGACGAAAUCUCUGUGCGAAGACAUUCGCGAUCGUCAACGCAUGCUCGCGAACGGUGAACUCCUCGACCCGUCGCAGGACGUCGAUUUCAAGAUCGGUCUCGGUCUUCGAUGA